GGACAGCGCAAUGGCCAGUCAGCACAACGAGAGCUCGAACAAGGAAACACGCGCGGAAUCUAGUAAGCGCGACCACCACUUGUGUUUUCGUCAAGUUAACGUACGAACGCUGCGAAAUCGAUGCCACCGCGACGACCAGGAUUCAUCACCCGAAGAGAAGAGCUGCCCCGUUCCCUCGUCUUUGCCUUCCUCUUCGCAAUACCCAAAGACUGAUGGCGCUCGCCACAUCCCGUGCUCUGACUCUGAGCCUUCUCAAUCAGGUGUAGUCACCCCCUCGCCACCAUACGUGGGCUCUAGCCUGGAGGGCGAAGAGCACGCAGGGCAAACGAACGCCGCCGCACUGUCCAAGGACGUUCGACAGCCGUUGCUGAAAAGUCCUGAAGCUAUGAGCGACCAAGAGGAUGACUCCGCGCGGGACUUGGUUUCUCCCGAUCAGCCAGCUGGUUACCUAAACGGGGCUGCGGACAGUGGACCCAUGUGCCGCAUCUGCUAUGAAGGCGACCAGGAGGAUCCACUCGUGUCCCCCUGCAGCUGCACUGGUACCAUGGGCUUCGUGCAUGUGUCCUGCCUGGAGCUCUGGCUGAACGAGCAGAACCUCGACAUCUGCGAGCUCUGCGGUGAGCAUUUCCCGAUGGCAGCCCAACCCGGAAGCGUGCGCCGGUUCUUCCACUAUGUUUGGCAGAGCGAGGGGCGGCUGCGACAAGCGUUGCUGAGCGACCUGUUCUACUUCGCCAUGAUGACAUCAGUCGCCUUAUUCUCCUUCAUCAACUAUAGGAGAGCGUUGGAAGCGCUUGAUUGGAGCGGUCUUGUCUGGAAAAUCAUCGUGAUUUUCGUUACCGGCGCCUUCCACGGUUAUUGCAUGACUUGUUUAUCCAACAGGCUGCGCAGUCGGUAUCAUUCGUUCAUGGCGUGGCAGUUGGAGAACCCGGUGCGCCGGAAGGUGGAGGUGACGUCGGUCAGAGAAGUGACUGUUGGCGGGACAUAACCCAGUGGCGCACGGGCAGCCGGAGAACCUUCGACGUCCUGUGGGCGUUGUACCCGCUAGAAUCAAUGGGACAGAGGAUAUGCCUACAACAGACCGUCAACAUAGAGGCGGCUAAUGAACGCCGUUGGAACCGCCGUCAACACCGCUUUGCCAGAAGACCUGCUAUCUAGGCCUGCAGGAGACCAGCUUCGUGUUCGAGGCUCCCUCAGACUGUGUAGUGGUAGCGUUGAAUGCACGGAGGUGUUGCUCAGGUUUCUUGAUCAUUUUAAUGCUGGAGUUUGUUGAAGACGAGCAAUUCAUUUUGCUAUUCUUUUUCUUCACCUGUGCUUGAAAA